AAUUUAAAAUGCCUCCCAGGCCUAUCAACUGAUGCCUCAGAAAGGUGUGUCGGAAAGAUAACAGAGUCCCAGCUGGGGCCACAGACUGCACUCCAGUUGUCUUUGGUGGUUUUCUGGUACUGACUUUUGAGAGCCAGCUCAUGAUCUCAGGAUGUAUGAAAAAACCAUAAUACUAACUGUAUUACUACUCUCAGGCUAUAGUUCCUCUCAACUAACUACUGAAAGUGUCUCAAUGACUCACGAAACACCAGUAAGGGCCACGACUGUUCAAUCACCACGAGACGGACUACUUGAACACAUUUUUUCUGCGGGAGAGAUAACAGGGAUUGUGUAUGCAGUAAUGGCUGGUAUCAUCGGAACUAUCCUCUCAAUUGCCUUCUGUAUUAAACGACUAACAAAGAAAACUCCAUUUCCUGUGCAAACUGCACAACCAGAGGACGCAGAUCCUGAAAGUUCUGUAGAAACAAGAAAUCCAGAACAGUAAUUCAUGAGAAUCUGCUCAUCAAGCCAGAUUCUGGAAGAAGUCAAAGACACAAGACUUCAGUCAAGUGAAAAAUGAAUGUGUGAAUUACACACUCCAAUAUAGCGUAUACCUUCCUAAGCUGUACGUACUUCAGGAUGAAAAUUUCAUUGUAAUGAGUCCAGUGACUCAGUGAUGGAAAAUGUCUGUAUUCAUUAGGUGUCUAUUUCAAAAUGUAGAACAAAUAUUUUCUUUCAUGCUUGCUUUUGUGUGUUAGCAUUAUUUUUAUAAUUAAUUGAUUUGGAAUUCUGAUCCCCAAACUUUGGUUGGCUUCAUCUGCAGUUAUUUACAAGUGAUUUAUUCUAUUUUAUUAUACUUUAAUGAUCGUGCUGUCGAAUGAAAGGCUUGUCACAUCUAGAUGAAAUCUAAGUUCUCAUUCCAAACUUCUGCAUCUUGUCAUUGUUUUACAUAUAUUAAGGGACCUGAAAUCCUAAUAUUUCCCUCGUUGCAAGAUAGGGGACUACACUGAUGAUGAUGAUGAUGAUGAUGAUGAUAUUUUAGUCACAUGAGUAAACCUUGUGUUUGGAGAUGCCUUCCAUACACACAUGCAUAAAAUCAUGAGUUAUAUGUAAGGUAGAUAUAGAUGUAUAAAAUGACAUUCACAUUCCUUCUCUCAUACAUAAAACAACACAAAAAGUUUCUCCCAUGUUAAAAGGAAGCUUCAUGUGUGUAAAUGACCUAUUUAAAAGAGUUUGUCUGACAGUCGAGCAUUAACUCUUUCAGGGCACUGACAGAUGCGUUGUGUUCCACUGGAAGAGUUAUUUAUGUAAGAGGUCACAGUGUCCUGACAAAGAAAGGAAUUAAUGACUUUACCUUGCAGAGUUAAUAACCCUAUAAAUUCAGUAAGAUGUGCCAAGUUGACAAGCAGGUGAAUAUUUUAAUAAUUUGUACUGUGUUCUCAAUUGAAUUCUUUAAUCCAUCCAUUCCCACAUUCUCUUCUUAAUAAAGCUUUGGAAAUUAGCUUAAAUAAUCCAAAGGAAAUUUCUAGACAUGAGACUAAGGCUUUGUAACUACAUAGCUCUCACUCAUUUAUAGUAAAAUUUAAAAGGCAAUAUAAAAACAAAGAAGUGCCCUCCUGUGAUAUUCUAUUUCCAAAUUACUACAAAUCCAUACGGCUUUUCAUUGUGAUAGUUAAGUAAAUAAUAUUAUGUACACAUUUGGGCUUGGCAGCUUACAUUUUUUUUUAAAUAAAUUACGAAAUCUAAAUCUUAACAUACACAUUUUUUCUGAGAGUCUUACUUUGUUAAAUUGAUCAUUCAGCUGAAAAGAAGAAUAGGAUAUUGCUGUUAGUAUGUAUUUUUAAGGUAGUUUUAACAGUAUUAUUGGGUUAAUUUAAUCAAAUGAAUGACUCAAGCACCAAGGCAAUUUUUUUAUUCAUUUUUUUGCACGAAGGCAAUUUUAAAUGUACUUUUUUCAAUAAAAAUAAAAUGUUGAACCAAGAGAGAACAGACUAGGUUUGUUGCUAAUGCAAUUUACGAGUCAAAGACAAGAGACUAGAGUGACUGUACCAUCUCAGCAAGAGCAAGAGAAUUCAGAGAAUAAUGAAAGUAUGAAUUGCUUUACACUCCUGGAACUUUUCCAGUUAAUUUCUCUGUACUUCGAUCUGUGGACUUUUCACAUUUCAAUUUAAUGUUUGUAGGAAGAAAUUACCUUUACUCUCUUCAUGUUGUUAUAAUUAAACCAGCCUAUAGUGAUAGUAAAGAAAUCUUACCUUGGAAGCCAACAUGAAUGGUUUAUAUUGAAUUUCUUAAAAUUGAGACUAGAAUCAGGGGUGGGAGUGAUGCUGAUUAGAAAAUUCUAUCCUCCAGGCCUGGGUGUUUGCCCAUGUAGGUGUGAGCAGAGGGGCCAUGUGAAGGGAAAAGAAUGGAGAAAGGUGAGACACUUGCGAAGAACAUGGGGAUCCGAGGAACGCCGUGGUGUAAGGGCUAUUUUAGUGAUAUUCAUAUACAGUAGUGGAGCAAGAGCCUUCUGGUUUAUUCUAAGCAUUUGUCUUAUCAAAUGUAGCACAUUUCUCAUAAGAAACUCCUAAGAGCCGCAUGUCAUCCAAGCAAAAAUCAAUACAAAAUUCUACCCAAAAUCAUGCAUGAACCUGUUCUUGUGUCAACAGGUAUCUAUCUAAGCUUAUGCCCUCAGCUCUGUUCAGCUAGAAUAUGUGCACUGGCAACUAACUGGUAACCCACUUUCAGUCUCUAGAAUGAAACAUGUGGUCUGAAUUCUCACAGCACCUGUGCAUCUUGCGUUGCAUUUACUAUGAUCUAAAUUCUAUCCCCUACUUAACUGAGAUCCCUUGGGAGCAGGGACUUUAAUUCAUUUUUGUAACUCCUGUGAGGCCUGAAAAAAUGUGCUCUUAUCCCAUGAUGCUUUUCUUAAUAUUUAAAAUGACAUUAUUCAUAGCGAUAGAAAGGCUUAGUCUGGCAUGGUAUGGAAAGAGAAUCAAUUUUGGAUCCAGAGUUUGAACCCUUGCUUGUUUAUUCACAUAACUUCAGUUUCCUUACCUGUAAUGGGAAGAUGAGAAUAACCACCUUGAAGGGCACCUGGGUGGCUCGGUCAGUUGGGCAUCUGACUUUGGCUCAGGUCACAAUCUCAUGGUUCAUGGGUUCGAGCCCCGCAUUGGGCUCUGUGCUGACAGCUCAGAGCCUGGAUCCUGCUUCGGAUUCUGUGUCUCCCUCGCUCUCUGCCCCUCUCCUGCUCGCACUCUCUCUCAAAAAUAAACAUAAAAAAAAGAAAAGAAUAACUACCUUGCAAAAAUGCCUUGACAUUUGUGUGAAAUGAGGUAUAUAGGGUGUGCUCAGCACCAAGGAGGUGCUCAAUAAAAAGGCAGCUCUGAUUAA